AUGGCUUGGAGACCACCUGCUGCAAACAUGACUGGUUCGUCCUCAACCGCUGCUGCAAAUCCUAUUCCGGCAACUGCUGCAGCUUCAACUCCGGCGAUCUUUGAUCCGAAUGAUCGAGUGAAUCCUUUCAGCCUUCAUCCCAAUGAGAGUCCGUCCCAACAGCUGGUGACUGUACAUCUGGAAGGAAGGUCAAACUACCAUGCCUGGGUUAGGGCAAUGGAGAUGGCAUUGAAAUCGAAAAACAAGCUUGCUUUUGUGAACGGAUCAAUGGUGAUCCCUAAUCAGAAUGAUCCCAAACACUUUUAUUGGGAUCAAUGCAAUACCAUGGUUCUCUCAUGGAUUCUGUGGGCCGUUUCUCCCACCAUUGCUCGAAGUGUUUUAUGGAUUAACACUGCAGAAGGAGUGUGGAAGGACCUCAAGAAACGGUUCAGUCAACAGGAUAUCUUCAGAAUAGCAGAGAUCCAGGCUGAGAUUCACCAAACGAAGCAAGGUAACACCUUUGUGAAUGAAUAUUUUACACAGUUAAAGCUGUUAUGGGAUGAGUUGGCUGUGUUAAGGCCAAUUCCUUCUUGUGAUUGCAUUCCCAGUUGUAAAUGUGGAGCUGAUUUGUCUGAAAAAAUUAGAACUCAUAUUGAGAGUGUUAUGUUAACUGCCUUUUUGAUUGGAUUGAAUGAGAACUUUGCUUACACCAAGAGGCAAAUUAUGUUGAUGAAGCCUCUCCCUGAUGUUGGAGAAGCCUUUGCAAUGGUCUCUCAGCAAGAAAGACAAAUAGAUGCCAUUCCAAACACCUUGACAGAAAACAUAACUGGAACAAAUGCCUUCUUGGUAAACUCUGGCAACAACAGAAAAUUCUAUCCAAAUCAGAAGCUAAAACCUAUGUGUAGCUAUUGUGGAUACACAGGGCACACAAUUGACAAAUGCUACAAGAAACAUGGCUACCCACCUGGAUGGAAGCCAAGAAGCAAAGGAAUGGGUUCUGCCAACCAAGUCUAG